AUGCUGUUGGAUAUUGAACUGAUCAAUCAAAAGCACUCAGGCUUUGUUCUAGCAAACAAUCAACAACAACAGCCUCCUUUUCAUGACCCCAUCUCGGGGGGGGCAAACAUCGCUCUGCCACACUGGCCUGUUGGGCAGAGCUCUGUAGCUAGGCCUCUGCAUCCCCUUCCGAAUCGACCAUUGGCAGCUAUGUCGAAUGCAAUGCGCCAGUUUCAAUCACCAAACUCUUUGCAUCCACAAAAUCGAUCGAGCAGCCAAUCAAUAAGUGGAAUCCCCCACAAAUCAUCCAACGUUUGUGGUCAACCAUCAGCUCCACCCGGCCGCAAGCAGCCCUACACGAAUUCAACCCCGCUGCAUUUACCAAAUAGUUUGCUAGACCUAUCACUUCCUGGUACUAUACCGUCUGGAUGUGGUGCACAUCACCCGCGGAAUCCAGCUCAUAAGCAAACAACCGACACAGAAAACGCUGAUGAUCUUCAGGAUGCCGGUCGAAAGUACGAACUGAAUAUUUAUUUCCUGCUUUUUAUAUCAUCUCUAUCUUGUCAUUCUAUUAUUCCCUCUCGCUCUGGUUUUCCAUUGGUUCAGGGGGCAAGCAUACUUUGCACCCGGCCAUCCCCCCCUUCUUUUCUUUUUUUAUCAAUCAAUUGUUUGAUUAGUAGCAUGUGUGCUGGGGGCAAGCAUAAUUUGCACCCGCACUCGGCUACAACCCCUUAA